CUCGGGUGUUGGGUGUUGCGGCAAUCCUUAACGGAUGGGACUAAUAUUUGGUCAUGGUUGCAGGUAAGGAUGGUGGACAGAAACUACCUGACGGUAUGACCACCGCCUUGCACAAUGGCGUCGUCAAAAAUGGACAGAAAAAUGGACGUUCACAUAAACCUUUUCUGAAAUUUGCAACAUGCUUGAUAUUGGUCACAUUCGUAACUGCUCUGUAUAUGCUUGGAGACUUCACUUCCAUGGGCUACAUACAGCUGAUCGAAAGGACUGAAGAUAUUGAUAGAACAUCUUAUUUCACUUAUAUUAAUAUAAGCCAUGAAGAAAAAAAAGAAGGUUACUUGGUGUGGAGCCCGAGCUGCAGAAUCCCUGACAUCAGCCCAUGGCAUGAAUCCAUCAAAGCUUUCAUAAAGAAGGAUACGCUUCCUUCAUGUGGAAAACCACUGACCAAGGUGCAGAGGCAAGGAAAUAAUCAUGUCCUCAUAGCUGAUGUCAAAGAUAUGCAAUGCUGUUACUCCUUGAUCACCAGAAAUGAUUUACCAUCGAAUAAAAGCUAUAAUACUAAAGCUGACGAUGUUUAUUCGAUUGGUAAGUGCGAAAAUUUUGAAAGUAAUGUUACAUUUUCUGGAACAGAACAGUUCAUCAAAGUCAAGUGUGAUCCUAAAAAAAAAAAAAAGAACUCAAAAAGUUAUACCGGUUUGCAUGCCUUUGUAAGGAAAACAAAAGCAGUUGUAAAAAAAUUGGAUGCCAAUUACAUCGAGGAAAAAAAAGUCAGUGUAAUGAUAGUUGGUAUCGACUCUAUAUCCAGGCUCAAUCUGAUUCGUACAAUGCCUAAAACAGUUGAUUAUUUGGAUAAAAAUGGAUGGAUAAAUUUCAAGGGAUAUAACAAAAUUGAUGACAAUACUUUUCCUAACUUAUUGGCUAUAUUAACAGGACUAACCGUGGCCCAAUUGAGAGCUUCUUGCUGGAGUUCAAAUAGUAAGAAAAUAGAUGAUUGCCCUUUAAUUUGGAAAGAGUUUUCUAAGCAAGGUUACGUAACAGCUUAUGCUGAGGAUUUACCCUCUAUAGGCACAUUUAAUUACCGCAAAACAGGAUUUGUAAAAUCCCCAACAGAUUAUUACAUAAGACCAUUUAUGUUGGCAGCUGAAAAGUUUUUGAAAAUUAAGGUAAAGAAUACCUUAAAUAUUUGCCUUGGUCCUGUGAGUACAUCAGAUUACAUCUUAGAUUACUUAAUCGACUUUGCAAAAACUUUUAAAGAUGCAUUAACGUUUUCACUGUUUUGGUUAAAUAAUUUUAGCCAUAAUGAUGUUAAUACACCAUCUGCUAUGGAUAGCAGAAUACUUUCUUUUUUUUCAGAUUUAAAAGAUACUGGAGUUUUGGAAAAUACUUUUAUUGUAUUCUUAAGUGACCAUGGCAUUCGUUAUGGGAAAAUAAGAGAAACAUAUGUGGGCUGGAUUGAAGAAAGGCUGCCAUUUAUUUAUUUCUGGGUGCCUCCGAAGUUGAAGGAAUUUCAUCCAGAAAAAUAUCACAAUUUAAUGGUGAAUGCUGACCGACUAACAUCACCAUAUGAUUUACACCUUUCACUCAAAGAUUUACUGGGAAUGGCAACAAAUGGCUCCAGAGGUUGUCCAACUUGCCAUUCUUUAUUUGAUGAGGCUUCUUGGAACCGUUCCUGUAUUAAUGCUGGAAUAACUGAGCAUUGGUGUACAUGUGCAGAAUAUAAAAUGUUAUCAACAGAGAGUGCUCCAGUCCGGGCAAUAGCUCGCUUUGUUCUAGACCACAUUAAUGGGCUUGCAGUUAAUGGGACAACGCAUCUAGUCAAUGGUACCAAAUGUGCUAAAUUAAAGGUAAAUCGAAUUGUUUCUGUUAGAAGUAAGAUUUUCUCAAAGCAACUUGGACAUAAUGAAUAUGUUAUUCUUUUUGAAACAAUACCAGGAGAAGCACUUUUUGAGGCAACAGUCAAACAUAAAAAUAGUUUUAAAGUAAUGGAUACUAUAAGUCGAGUAAAUGCUUAUGGAAGUCAAAGUAAAUGCAUGAAUGACUCAUUUCUUCAAAAAUACUGUUUUUGCCAGUAUGACUAAUCUAAGAACAACACACCAAAUGUAUUUAAAUUGUUACCAAACUUAUAUUGUAUAAUAGAUAGGUAUGUAUAUAUUUUAUAUUGGACUGUGCAUAACUUUAUCUAAAAGUAAAAUAAAUAGAAACAUUAGAGUUAGCGGACAAUGGCAAAAACUUUUACUCCUACUACAACUUAUAACUUCUUAUAUUACUUAUAUAUUCUUACAACCAUUCUAUUCAUAUCAAAGAGUAACUGACAUCAUAAGUUAGUAUCAUGUUCUCAAAGAGAUAAAUUGAAAACUAAUUUGAGUUUGAGUAUGCUAAUAUAACAUGUUAUUCAAUAUAAUAUAUUAUAUAAUAAAUGUUAAAUUAGUAAUUUCAAUUGUUUAAAUAUGCAUAAAUAAAUAUAAAGUGGUAAAUGAGUCACAUAUCACAAUAAUAAUUCAACAUGAACAUAUCAAACAGAAAAUAAUUUGAUUGAUCCAAAUUCAUACUCAAGUUUUGAAUCUCUUUUUUUUAAAACUUUACAACAGCUGAAAGAAUCAUAAAUACUAUUAUUAAGUUAAGUUGUAAAAAUGAAACUUUGAAAAGACCAUCCUAGCAUUAAUAUGGCAUACUUUAUGAUAAAGGAAACAAUUAAUUGUUAAUAGAUUUACUUACUUACAGACUUAAUGAACUGCCAACCGAGGAUGGCCAUCUUUCUCUGUUAAACUUAUAUUCUUUCCUCUUGUUUGUCUUAAUCUCUGGAGUAACUCAGCAUAAAUUAUUCAUUAAACUCUGACCUUAUUAAAACUUGUUUCUGUAAAGACCUUUGUUCACAUUAAAUUUUUUGCCAGAGUUCUGACCUAAGAUCUGCCCGAGAAUUGUGAAGGCAUGAUAGGGUUGGUGACAGAAUGCUAUGCAGAUUGAGUUGUCUCAGUUUUUCAUCUAGCAUACCCAAAUUAUAAAACCUUUUCUAGCACUACACAUGUUGUAUUUUUAUUUCUCUCUAUUUAUUUCUACCUGAAAACAGAGUAGAUUCUCCAGCACAAAUUUUAUUUUUGCUUUGAUAUUUUUAUUAAAUUGAGUGUUACAAUAGAAUAGAAAAUAGUUUUAUUCAGGGACAAAGUCCCUUUAGAAUAACAAAAAGUACAAAAUUAAUAUAUUAUAUCUGGCCUAAAUAAAAACAAACAUAAAAAGUAAAAAUAAAGAGAAAUAAGUAAAGAAAAUAUUAGUUUAACAUACUAUAUACAAAAUUAAAAAAAUCUAUCCAAGACAAUUAUAACUAUGUACAGUGGUAAAACAUAAAUGUACACUUUCAGAAAAAAUAAAUAAAAAAUACAUUACAUUCUUCUUAACAAUAAACUCUAUGUUUCUGUAGAAAAAAAAGAAAGUUGAAUCUGAUAGUAAGUGUUUAAGUGAUGAGUUAUAUGUAAAUAUAUCAUUAUGAAUAAUGUGUAAUUUUAGAUAAAAGGUUAGCGGGUUCUGACAGGAAUUGGAAUAGGAUGGUUUUAAAUGUAGGUAGGGAGGGUGAAUGCCGAAUUUUGAUAGGAAGGGAAUUUCAGAAAUUAACAAAGCGAGAAAUAAAGGGGUUUUGGAACGAGGCAGAUCUGUGAGAAAGAAUGUAAGGGUCGGAAGGUCGAGAUCCUGUGGAAAGAGAGUGGACAGAGGAUUUGAAUUGGAGAAGGUUGUAGGCGUGAGAAGGAUGAUAAUUGUUGAUGAUUUGAUAGAAGAAUGUACCUAGGAAAUAUUGUCUUCGAAUGGAGGGUAAGAGCCACUUUAAUUCAGUGUAGUGGUGAGAGACAUGGGAGUAUCUCAGGGCACCAAUUAAAAAUUAUGAUAUGUUUCUGAAUUUAUAUUUUUUUUAAUGUCGAUGUUUAAAGAGAGUGAGAUGUAAGAUUCAAUCUAUACAAAAAAUAAACAAUAAGAUUCAACCAACGACAAUAAACAAUAUUUAUUAUUAUGGUAAUAAAAAAAGACAAGGAAUAUUUUAUAAUCAUAUCCAGUACAAUGGGGUAUAACCAUUGUAUGACUUAUUUAUGUAAGUUCAUGAAAUAAAAAAAUCAUUGCUGAAUUGAAAUAUUUUAUUUCAUAAUUUCACCAUUGCAGUUGCCCCAGGUAUAGCUUUUUUUUUUUUUAUAUCCAAAAUCAGUCAAUAAAACAAGCAUUAGAAAUUAAUCUUGUUUUAAAUUAGAUAGCGAUUACAGUAGUAGUAAGUAAAAUUAAUAUUACUUUUUAGUAUUAUAAAUCUUAUCUCUAAAAAAUACUUUUGAACAUAAGCAAUUUUGUUGAAUUCUUUUUAAUAAAAAAAAUUCCAUGAAACAAAAAAUAACCAUAUGCGGGUUAUUAUCAUAACAUAAUUAUGGAAAUCAACUUCGUCAGGUUAAACCAAAAUAAUCAAUUAUGAAAUAACUGCCAUUCCUAGAAAUCUAUGGAUUUUUCCAGAGAGAAGAGUAUACAUAACUAUAACGUGUUAACAAUUCACAGAGAAUUUUGUUAAACCACUCAUAUCACCAGAGAAAGUUGUACAAAAUUUUCUACUAUGUGUCAUUACUUUGUCAAAAACUGUAGAGUAGAAGAAGGCCUUUAAAUUUUUUUAAAAUCUCGAUCAUUGUUCACUCCAAUCUCAGCUGUCCUUUUUUCAAGUUUUCUAGCUAAGAUAUUCUGAUUUUCUCAUAAACAUAACUUAAACCAACAACAAAAUGAUUUUGAAACUAACCUAAAGAAGCGUUUAAUAUCAGCUACAAUGUCUAUAUAUCAGUUCCUCAAGACAAGAACAUAACUCCAACACUCAGACUCGGAAGUCAGUAUAGAAAUGUAUCAGACUUUGAACACGAGAAGUUAAUACAUCUAACAUUAACAAUAAUGAUCUAGGAUAUUAGUUUGUUUAUUGUGACAAAAAAAAAACAUUCAAAUCUUGUUUUGGCUAGAAAAUGGUAGAUAUUACUUCAAGGCUAAACUAAUUUUUUGAAAUAAUGGAAAUGCUCAUAUUUAAAAUAAUUUCAUUCUAAUAUUUAGCUAUAUGUUCAAAAACUUACACCUCAAAGGGGAAAUUUGAGAAGCCCUGCUUCAUAAUGCAUUUAGCAAAAAUAUUUGUAUUACAUAAUUAAAUAGAAGAUAAUUAAAAACACAUGAAAUCAUUUUUUUUUAAUCUUGAUUUACCAUUGAUAUGGAUUGGAGGAUACUCAUGUUUGUUAAAACUACAAAAAUAUUCAUACUAAUCUCAAAAUUGGGUAAAUGGAAAAAAAAAUUUUAAUAUAACUCCAAUAAUACAAUUAUGAAAUUGAAUAUUUUCGACAUUGAAAAUGAUAAUUUGUUAAAUAAUAAUAAUUUUUAAAUCUAUAAGAAGGGUCUUUCUUAAUUAUAUUAAGAGAAUCAUUAUUUAUUUUAUUUUACCCGCUCCAGAUUGUAAAAUAUUACACCAAAUCAACCUGUAAAUAUUAAAUUGUAUUUCAUGGACACACCAAAAUAUUAAUAUAUAUUCAGUAUUUGUGACUUGUUCUAAAGGGACACUAGUCCCAGAAUAAUAAAAUUAUUUUCAUUCAUUCAAAUAGUAUAUGUAGAAUAUGUUGACCUUAUAGAAUGGAAUAGAACACUUCAGUACUUCCUGAAGUCAAAUUCAAUAAACAUCCAAUUGUUUAUUAAAUAAAAAGUAUAUAAUUUAGUUAAUUUUUUUUACUAGAUAUAGGAGAUGGUCUGGGAUGGCGGUUAUAAAGAGAC